AAAUGAGAGCGUACGCUUGAGUAUAAGAGGGCACUGGGGGCUACUGACUAGCCUUACCAGAGGUGUAAUUUAACCAGAAGCAGGAGCUUGGUACCACACGAGCGGGGAACUCAAAGUACGGUACAGACCUCUACCAAAUAGCACCAAACAAUCGUAAGCUCUAGGAUCUCCGGCCCGCAGCGAGCGCGGGUUGGAAGUUGGAACGAACCUUCGUCUUACUAGGUUUUACUCCCUAUGCGUUGUAAUUCUCUACACUCCUGGACGGUAAUUCGUCAGCAAUAGAACAGCCUGAGGUCAAGUUCAAUGAUAUAUACGCUGCACUUAUGGAUUAUACGAUGGCAAUACGGUGAUUGAUCUCAGCAAGAAUAUGCUCGGAAAACGUGGGAUAGGAAAGUAUGGACUCAAACGGGUACCAGCCUUUGCGAACAGUUGUGCAAAAGAUGGGAUGCAGACUUCAAAUUACGGUAUAUCUAGAAUAUGCCCGCUGUUUACGCGUGAAAACGUUCACUUUCUAAUGUCAUCUAUUCUUGAGCCACUCAUAGUCGCUUCUCCCAAAUUCCGUCUGUUUCGACCUCCACUUACCCGUUCUAAGCUCGAACGUUGGAUAUAUGCGGCGGGCCCGAGACGCUUACUUGCCAUGAUCAUUGACGCGUUAUGCUGCGUUAAGAAUGCGGGUGUUCGUGCUAUGAGUAAAAUCUUCACCCUGCUAUUAACGAGGAUAACUACUGAGCACCUGCUGUCCCAGUACUCCUCCUCUGAAUUUCAAAGGAUCUCCGCAAAGCAUGACUCGGGACUAUUAACUUUGCCGAUGGGCAAGAUGGAAUUAGUACACUUAGAACACUGUUUUACCCUCAAGAUGACUCGGACAUGUACUUAUCUGUGGAGACGUGCCGGAUGUACCGCCAAAGUCGUUGGUUUCUCUGUGAUGCGCAGGUGUAUACAUUUAUACUCAUUGACAAUGCCUUGCACACCCGGUGUAUACCCUCUGAGCGGACAAACAAGUUGGUUAUUUUUAAAUGGCAUCCGAAAACUCAUGAUUAAAACCACAAAAUUCACGUUCAAUAACGCCUCGCACCAUCGUUGCUUCUAGGUCACAAUCCACUACGAUCUAUUUCGCCAUUAUGGUCACCACAAUUCAGUUUGAAGUUUUGACUCGAAAAAUUUGAAGCCCCCCCGGUUAUACGCGCCCGUGUCUUCUCGCGACAGUCGCCCAAAUGUCGCCUAAUUGACAUCGCAGCACCAUGUAAAGCUCGUUGGUCCAUUUACUUUUUACAGAAACAUGUAAUAACGAAACGGAGCAUGCUGGGGGUGCACCUGGGGCACAAUAGAUUGAUGAGAAAAGAAAGCAAGCGGUGAGUCAUGUGUAGGGCCAGUGUAGCCCGAAAAACGG